UUGUUGCGCGAGUUAGCCGACAUUUAGACACCCAUGGUGACUAUCCUGAUCUAAAGAUCAGAAGGAGAAGGUGGCCGGAAAGCUUGAUAGAGUUGAUCAGGAGUGCCCGCACGGAGCCAGAAGAAAUGUCACGAGGCAGCGAGGGCGGCUCAGUGCAGAUUGGUGUAAAUGAGCGAGGAGUAUGGACUAGAUUGCGUCAAAUCAAUCCUUUCGCUCACUGCGAAUGGUUUUCAAAGCACAUACUUUUUCUGAUUCUAUGGAUAGGAGGCAGCUUUUACACUAUUGACUACAUAGUCACAGCGACGAUUCCGGAUAUACUUGACGAUUUAUACAAAUUUAAUGCACUCUACGCCGGUCACUCUUAUCUGAAUAGAAGCCUUGGAAGUAUUCUUGGCGCCUGGCUAAAUGACAAGUUGAAGGACCACGACUAUAAGUGGAUGACACGAAGUAUUGGCUGGGCCAUCGACAAUGUCACUGGAGACGAUAUGGAACAAUUCUCGAUCGAAAGGGUGAGAUCAAGAGGAUGCUACAUCCUCCUGUUCCUCAAUACAUCGAUUUUGGUGAGCUAUGCCUGGGAACUCCACUUCGGUGCCCAUGUGGGAGUCUUCCUGGCCAUGUAAUGCUUGAUGACCCGCUUGGGGACGUCAUUCUACUUCACCUACAACAUCCUGCUCGUUGACACAUAUCCUGAGUGCCCUAGCACCGCCGCUU